CAUUAAUUGCUAAACCCAAACCCAAAAAAAAAGAAGAAGAUCGGUUUCAAUGGGGAAGAAGAAGAUGAAGCUCUCUUCUCUGUUCAAAGGCGGAGCCGGAGGAUUACUAGCGGUUCCUCUCUGUUACAAUGCCAAAACUCUUUCCUUCCGUGUCGGCGACGACAUGAUCAAGACGGUGAACUCUGUUUUCUUCGACCACAACCACAACAAUGGAGGAGACUUGUUGGAAGCGGAGACGCCUGAAUCAUGGUUUACUAACUCGUCUGAGACAGCGAGUCACUCAACCGAGUCGGAUCAAGACCUUGACGCUGAAUCGUUGGAGAUGGUGGUUCGUGGAGUUGUUAGAUCGGAGCGGUUAUUCUUCGAUCCAGGAGUUACGAGUUCGAUUCUAGAAGAGAUUGAUGAUAAAUCGAAAUCGAAGGAGACGGUUGCGGUGGGAGAAGAUCGGGGUACGCCGAUUGAGGAGAUUAGUGUCGCGGUGGCGAUGGAAUCGGAGGAUCCGUAUGGAGAUUUCCGGCGAUCGAUGGAGGAGAUGGUGACGAGUCACGGUGAGUUAGCUAAAGAUUGGGAGAGUUUGGAAUCGAUGCUCGCUUGGUACUUGAGGAUGAAUGGGAGGAAGAGUCACGGCAUUAUCGUGAGUGCUUUUGUUGAUCUUCUCUCUGGACUCUCUGAUUCCGGCGCCGGAAUAACGUCGGCUUCGGUAUCGGACUCGGCUCGUUAUUCCACCGCCGUUUCGUCUUUGCCGUCGUCGCCGGUUUAUUCGUUAUCUCAAGGUCAGACGGAGAUUGAAGAGGAAGAGAGACGGAGCUGUUAAAAAUAAAGCUUAAGAUUCGGU